AUUGCAUUCUUGUCGUGUUGUUUAUUGUUUUUCUUCUCUUUUUCCGUGAUUUUCUCGAGGACAAUGCAUGUUCUUCCGGUGAAGGACAUCUGGUAUCGAAAGAUCCAGAAGUGUUAUCUUUCUGAAGAGUGUUUUUCUGGCAAUUUACGGCCAGGAUGUUGGAUUAUCUGCAGACUAUCUGAUGGAAGUGAGGUUAUAUCCCGGGCGUUUCCACAUUCUAGGCGUAUUUUCUCUCAAAAUCUGGCUUAUUUGGAUCAAAGUGUGACACGAAAUACUUCCCAAAACUCCGAGGGACUCUCUCUCGUGGAUUUCCACCCUGCAGCGCAUGUGGCAGACUUCCGGGAAGCGGUGAGCGUUGAUGUUUUUGUAAACAACAUCACAUUCCCGGAAAUCUCUCAGAGAGACACACUUGAGAUGGUGUUGAAGAGGAUCCUUCGACUGUACACCUUCUCCAGGGACUGUGAGAUACUCCUGGAGGAUUUCUGUCCACUCCCCAUCACAGCAGUGAAGGUGACAUGCUGCAGAGAGGAAGGAAUCGGAUCAAUUUCACCGGACGCCGCCCUGAAAAUCUCCAAUAUCGUGUUUCAAAGCCAACGGAAAAGACACGAGGAGUCCUUUAUAGGCUAUCACACUAUUGAGGAGACCAUCAGUGAUAUCUUAAUGAGGAACGUAAAGUAUCUCAAGAGCUCUGCCCAGAAAUUCACUCCACCCAAUGAAAUCCUGAUUGUGGGAUCAUCAGGUGUGGGAAAGACCACUUUAAUCCACCAUCUGGCCAGGAAGUUUCACUGCAACGUCUUUUCACUGGAUCCUAUGGACUUCCAUGGCCAAUAUCCCGGUGAAUCUGAGGAGAUGCUAGACAAAUUCCGCCAAACCAUCACGGAUUUGAGCAAGAAUCAGGAAGAUCGCCUGUCAAUAGUCACAAUUGAGGAUAUUGAUGUGCUCUGUCCCAAGGAAUCCGCUUCCGGGGAGCGCAAUAACACGGAAAAAUUUGGAGAAGCUCUUAUGAACUUCUUGGAGAAAAUGUCUGGAGUCAAAGGAGUGUUGCUGAUGGCCACAGCAAAAGAUGUGACGAACUUAAGUGGUCACGCAAGGCGAAAAGGACGAUUGGAAGUAGAGAUUUUCCUUAAGAAUCCCGACAAGAAGGAGAGAGAAGAGAUUUGCAGGGGAUUUCUGAAGGGAGAUGAAGAAUUGUGUGCCUGGAUUGCCGAGAGAACUUCAGGAUUUGUCGCGGGCGAUCUGAAAAUGCUAAUAGAGAAAGGCAAAGCGAGAGGAUGUUUGAAAUCACAGCUAAAAGCCAUGAGAUUAUCUUCAGUGAGGAGCAGUAAUCUCUUAGUGGAGUCGGAUUCUGUGGAUUUUGAGGAUUUGGGUGGUUUGGGUGAUCUCAAGAGGACAAUUGAAGUGACAAUUGUGGCUCCUCUCAAGGAUUCCAGUGCAUUCGAUCGGAUGGGCAUUGAGAUGACGAAGGGAAUACUGUUUUACGGACCGCCAGGAUGUGCCAAGACAACGAUUGUGCGAGCUCUGGCCAAGAAGACUCACAUGCCACUACUUGCAAUCUCUCCAGCUCAGGUUUACUCACCCUAUGUGGGAGAUUCUGAGCGUUUCCUGGCCAGAGUGUUCCACGAAGCGAGGAUGUGCGCCCCUUCGAUCCUCUUCAUUGACGAACUGGACGCUUUGGUGGGAUGCAGACAGCGCGGAGGAAGCAGCGAUGUGCAAUCGAGGAUUCUAGCAGUGCUCUUGACUGCCUUGGAUGGAAUUGGGCGACGAAUUGACGGUGCUCCCGAAGGGAAUGUUCUCGCUGUGGCCGCGACCAAUCGUCCGGAUGUUAUUGAUGAAGCUCUGUUGCGUCCUGGGCGCUUUGAUAAGUUGAUUCACGUUCCGCCACCAGUGACGGCGAAUGAUAGAGUGGAGAUAUUGAGGAAAAUUACGCACAACAUGCCGAUUGAGGGGGUGAAUCUGGAGUUGAUUGCCAAGCAGACGAGAAACUUCUCUGGAGCUGAUUUGAGGAGUCUCUGUCGCGAGGCGGCUCUGCAGCGACUCACUGUUGAUCUCUCGGCAGAUUCCUUGACACAGGAGGAUUUCUUGAGGGCUCUGGCUGGGAUGCGACCUUCCCUGACAGACACUCAGAUCGCCUGGUAUCGAGACUUUGAGGGAAAUCCUUAUCUAUGACUGUGAC